CAUCACUUUUACAUUCAGAUCCACUUCCAUCUGAUUUUUAAUUCUGAUUUCGAAUUGCAGUUCACUUUUUCGUUUUUCUUCAUUUUUGACACUUUUGCUCAUUUUUCGCUUUUUUUCCUCAUCUCGUUCACUCUGUCAUUCUGACUCUCUCUCAUUGUUCCGCUCUCUUCCACUCUCUUAUUCUCUUACUUCAUCCUUCAUCCUCCCUCCGUCUUUGACUUUUCCCCAAGCGUCAUUCGUUCCCAGACUGACACCCAAUGAGCUGUGCAGAGGUUAUGCCGAGACCAGUCGUCGUCGGCGACACGCUGGGAAUCGAGGCAGAGUACAACGCCAACGCGUUCAAGCAGCGACGCACGCGCCGCUCAACCCGCUCUAAAAGCCACGAAGGCGUGCAAGCAGAGGAUUCUUCAACCAAGGCCAGUCUCGUCCAAAACGACACCAAGAAAGAGAGCAGCCAAGACCAAACCUUCGAUGCACCAAACCAAGUUGCAUCCAACUCGAGCAGCACCACAAGCGACCUCGACGACGAGGAAACGCGCAUCGAGCACCAUUUGUUCAUGCAGCACGUCGAGGUUCUUCGGGCCGAGGUCAACCAACACCUCGAGAUUCGUCUCAAGGAGCUCGUGGGUCGCGCACGCAAGGCAUUCCGCAAGGACACUCGCAGCAUCGAGUCUACACACAAGCAACACGAGCACAAGCCUCGCACACACACUUCCUUGAGCGAGCAUCCCGGAAAGACGUUCGUCGCUCGCGAUUCUUUCUUGACGGAACUGCUUCGCGUCGAACACUUCAAAACCAUCUACAACAUUUUCGUGGCCAUCCUCAUCAUCUUUGCGCUCAACGCGUUCGUGUCCGACAUUUUUACGCGAGGCCACGUCCAGCUUUCGCUCAUGACGUGGACGUUUGGCAAGUUUGGCAUUGUCGCGUCCACCUGGGUUGGCAUGAUGAUCAACCUCGGCCUUGCGUACACUGCCUUCCGCAUCUGGUCGUACAGCCACAUGCCAAAGUGGCUCGGCUUGACGCUCUAUGUCGCUUUCCAAACCAUCAUGGCCAUUGUUCCCUCCUACCAAGUCUUGGCCAAUGCGCUUCCUCCGGGAUCGGCCAUGGUCGUGCUGUGCGAGCAAGUUCGUCUUAUGAUGAAGCUGCACUCGUUCAUUCGAGAGAACGUCCCACCAGUGCUCUUCGUUCGCGAUCGCCAGAAUUGGCGCCCGCAAGAAAUGGAGCUCGUCUUCCCCCUGUUUUCCAACUUUUUGUACUUUUUGUUCGCGCCGACGCUCAUCUACCGUCCCAACUAUCCCCGCACCCCUGUUGUGCACUGGCGCUUUGUCUUUGCCAACUUUGCCCAAGUUGCUGCCUGCUUGCUCUACACGAACUUUAUCUUUGAGCGUUUCUGCGCGCCACACUUCCGCGCGCUCAACGCCAACUCGACAUGGCAGGCGAUCGUGAUUGCCACCUUCCAGUCCAUGCUCCCGGCUACCAUGAUGUUCUUGCUGGCCUUCUUUGCCGUGUUGCAUUCCUGGCUGAACGCCUGGGCCGAAAUGCUGCGAUUUGCUGAUCGCCAGUUUUACACUGACUGGUGGAAUGCCAAGAACUGGGCGGCGUACUAUCGCAAGUGGAACAUGGUCGUUCACGAUUGGUUGUUCCAGUACAUUUACGUGGAUACCUAUCGCUUGACGCAACACCGUUUGGGAAAGUCUGCCAAACUUGCCUCAAUGUUUACCGUGUUUAUCAUCUCUGCCAUUGUGCACGAGCACAUCCUUGCGCUUGCGUUGGGCUUUUUCUACCCCGUUCUCCUCGUCAUGUUUGGCGGCGUUGGAGUCUUCUUCAUCUUCCUCACUCGGAAUGUGCGCGCCGGCUUUUGGAACUUUUUCAUGUGGCUCAUGCUCUUCUUUGGCAACGGCCUGCUGAUGGUUCUCUACAGCCUGGAGUUUGUCAACCGACAAGAAUCCGAGCCUCGAUCGAGCAGCGCCUUUAUGGACUUUGUCGUGCCGCGCUCCAUCUUCGGCUAGACGUUUUGGUUUGGCCUGUGUUUCGUUGCGGGAUGCUGAUCUUGCCUCUCCCAGUUUGAUUAUUGUACAAUAGACUCUUCCCC